AGGAAAUCUGUGUUGGGCCGAAGUAGUUGGAGGUGUAGAGAGGCCACGACGUAGUAUUUUUUUUUGGGAAGCACGCCAGGACCCUGUACCAGACGCGCUCUUGCAACCGCGCAGCACCCGGAGACAGGCUGGGAAGCAAGUUCUCAUAGUCGCAUUCUUCAAGCAACUCAACUGGGGUACCUCGGUUCGCAGACACGAACUGGAAGAGGGUUAGGCGAGAGUCGACACUUCAGAGGAAGUCAGCUUUUUUCUGGUGUCUGCGGUGAAGUUUUGAGGGUGAAGGAGACGCCAUUUGUUACCUUCUGUCGGAGGAAACUACUUUCACUUGGAAUGUGUCUAGGCUCUGCAGAGCGCGCGAACCGGAAGCGGAUUCCUCGUGCCGGCUUGCUUGUCUGGGUGUCUGGCAUUUAACACCCACUUUCAAACCUUUACAGGUUGGUUCCGUCUUCGCAUGUGGCAGAAAUGCUUUAUAAAACUCUCGCUGAAAUUGUUUCCUCGUCUUGGGGCUUGGGGGGACUCCGGGUCUUCCUCCCUUUUGCAGGACGGGCAACGGCUUGCCAGCGAACCCAUCCCGGACAACGGAACACCUGACCCAGGCCGCCAGCGAUCUGGCGAUUGCUCCGACACAGUUUCCUCGGUUUAUUCUCUUCGUCUCAUGUGAGACUCCAAUUUGAAAUCUGUAGAAAUACGUGCGACGUAGGCUCCUAGUGGCUCUCUCUGGGACUCUAGAGAGACUUGUUCGUACCCUCGCCGACCGGAAGACGUCCUGGCGGUGCUGCCGCUUUGACUGCUGGCGUUGAGCCGGUUGCCCCCACAAAACAUGUCUAGUUGCUGCAAAGACAGCUUGUAUUUUUACGCGACUCCGACUGUAAUUGGGAUUGUGACAAGCGUACUUGUCGAUUCUGCGGGACCUGAAAUAGCUUGAGAUUCUUUCCGCGGCGGACGUCUGCCUAGGGAAUAUCUCGAAUUAGCCGUCACACUCGUACUUGUGAUAGGUUCCGUGUGUCUUUCAUGGUAAGUAAAGACCUUCUCUGUCACUUGGUGCGCUUGGAAACUGGAUUUUUCUGCCUCUUUGCCGUUGACGAGUCAACUUUUGCCUCGAUGACCCGAACCACGGUCAAAAUAAGACAGCCAAGAGCUGUCUGUGAGGAAACAGGUGUGUCUUCAACCUGGGGGCCUGAGGCAUUGCGUGUUUCCUCUCAUUGUCGGAUGUCGGUUAUAGAAUAGUAUGUACUUUACCUAUUCUAGCAGGUGGGUUACUUGUAAUUCUAUUAAAUUUACUUAAGCUGUGUUGUUCGCGGUUCCGUCGGUCCUUCACUGAGGAGGCAACUGCCACUUAAAACCUCGCGUCACUGACGCUCAACUCUCAUUAUGGAUUUUGCAUGAUCGUAUCUGUGUGAUCUGCUCUCUCCGGAUGUACCAAGGCGGAAAUCCAGGAGCCGUGUGGAAGGAAUGCCAGAUCUGUGGUACCUCCGCUCUAUGAGGAACAAAAAUUGGUGGCCUGCGUAACGAGGUUCCUCUCGAAAGACAGGAAUCGGUGUGCCGGACGACUGAAGCGCCAAAAACUACUGAAAGGAAACACAAAAUUGUGCCGGUGGGCCCGUCAGGUUCAAUGACUUCCGUGCUUGUCCUGUGCUUGUGUCAGGACGCUUCUAGAAGCCACCUGAACAAAGACGAUAGGCAUUCCAAACGGAGUUUUUUCCUUCUGCCACUUUUUUGUGUGUAUGGACAAUGGUAGCAACGAGUUCAUCGUUUCAGGAAGACGUCUCCGAGCCUUUUGAGGCUGCAGUAGCGGCGGGGAAGCAGCUGACCGAGUGGCAGCUUGUCCGUUUGUUCAUUUUGGCGCAUCACCGGCACCAGGCCUGGUUGGAGGGGCGCAACAGUGACCAAGAAUAUGUCGAGCAACUGUUUCUGUGGUUUCGUCGCACGGGAAUGUGUGGGAGAGCACAGCCAGUUCGUGGAGAUGAUGAGACGCCUUCUCUCUUCGAUUCUACCGCAGACCAGAAGGAUAGACCUUGUACGAGGCCGAAUCCGCAAGCCUGCGCCAGUGCUUCCUGUUCUCCCCUGCCGCUUGGGGUCAUUCGUUCCGUUUCUUGUCUCGAUGAGGCAAAUUUGUCCGGGCAUUUCCGAGUUCCCGGCCGGUGUCAGGCGAGUUGCUGUGAUGGAAGCAAUCUUGCCACUCACAAGGUGUGCGUGGACUCCGUGCAGGAACCACGGAACCGGACAGAUUACGUCUCUUCGGAAGACAGCGAUACCAGUAGCACGAGAAUGCCAAAUAUGGAAGAGGCCAAGGUUUCGCAUCAGCAGCCAGGAGUUUCUGGCGGGACAAGGGAUGUGUGGAACCCUCACCGAAGACGGAAGGUCUGUGGAGUGGUGAGCAACAGCGGCAGAAACGCCAAACCUGUCUUGUGUGUUGAGAGCAGAACAGCUUUGUUUGGCUGUCCAGCAUGUAGUGUCAAGAACGGCGAGUGUCUGUGCAACCAAACGGUACACUUGGUGGGCGUUGAGCCGUUCCCUGCUCGGUCCGGCUCCCUUCCGGCGUCUCCUGUGUCGAAGAGACAAGGCUGCGCGAAGGGCUGUUCCGGUGACCCUUCCCUGUCUCGACCAGUUUUGGAGGCCUCCGUAACGGUCAUGCAGAAGAAUGAAGGCCGUGGUCUUGGGCCUGAGAGGAAUUCUCAGCGAAAAAAAGAGGACGCAUCUUACAGGUUACCGGUCUCCGGCCACGGACACGCGGGUUGUUGGUGUUCGUCACAAGAAGCACAGUCCGUAGACGACGCUUCUCAGUCCGAUGUGUUUCUCAAGUCCCCAGGUUGGCCUUCGCAGGCCGCUCCUCUUCGUCUUCUUCUUCUCCUCGCCCCGCAAAUUCCCUCUUCAGCUUUGCCUCCCCUGCCCCACAGUGACCGCACAGGGGCACGGUGUCUGAUCAACCACAGUCCGACCGUCGCUCUGCUUCACACGCUCCACUUGCUUCAGCAGCGCGUGAGGAAUCGAAUGGAACUGACCAAGGAACCGAACCAGAGGAGGGGUUCCAGCGUGUUUCACCGUUGUGUUGAAUCUUUCAAAUGCAAUGAGCCUCUUGGAGAAUCUGUGGACUGUAACACGACACCGGUUCUCCCUCCUUCACUCAGUCCGCGGCCAUCGUCGCCCCGUCAAGAGGCGAGAACGGCAGAUGCCUGGCGGCCCCCUUGCCUCUCUUCCCAGCCCACCGAGAAGAAGGAGAUAUGUUUGGGCGCGCCUGAUUGGGUCCUCGAUGAACUCAUUGUGCCUCAUCCCUCUUGUUCUUUGGAGAGCUCUCCUCCGUAUGUGGACCAGAAAGUGAAAAAAGAAAACCAGCCCUACAGUCUUCCUUGUCUCCCAGCCGCCGGUCACCUCAUCCACGGUGCGGUGUUUGGGGACGGUGCUGCCGCAACAAGCAAAGCAGCAGUGUGGAGCUCAUGGGGCAUGGCAUCUGUGCCCGAAAAGGAAAGACAGGCCAUCCAGUUCACAAAGAAAUGCAGCACACAUCGACUUUUAACUGCCACUGAGCGAACACUUGUAGAAGAUGUGGUGUGUCCUGAAUGGUGCUCACCUUCUUCCACCCAACAGUUGGAUGACAAAAGUGUAAAGAGCCGAUUACCGCGCACAUCCGUCUCCCAGUGCAGCCCCCACGUGACGUCCGAAGAAGAGGCCAAUAACUAUGGACAUGGGGUUCCUCCGCAACUUUUUCUUCCGGUUUCUCUGCCUGUGGCCUCUCCUGUAGCUCAGGUCCUCUUCGGGUGGAAGUCACUUGUGGAGCGCCGUCGUUCUGGCCGCAUGCAAGGCUCUGACGAUGUUUCGCCUCCUUCCCGUUCUUCAGAAGAGGAUGUGGGCACGGUUGAACCGAGAAACGAGUUUGUUUCAGUGCAUUCUUCUCCUGACUCUGAGGUCCACAUCUCUUUCUGCUCGUUGCCGUGCGUCGCGCUCUUCAUCCUCCACCAUUUCCGGGGGGAGACGUACUACCUCGCCCCACGCCUCUUGCUGGAGGGCCUGCUCAACGCGAGUCUCCUCUUCCUGUUCGCGGGUGCGUCGUGUCCGGCCUUUUUGCCUUGCCAGACGUGCACCGAGACGUGGGAAGACCAGCAGACAACGAGGCUAGAUAGAGAAUUGCAGCAUGCUGCGGAUGAGAGAUGGGUAAAGGGAGGUCUGUCAAAUGCACAACGCGCAGCCGAUGAACGCAACGAACAAGACAACACAGAACGUAUCAGGGUAUCUUCUACCGGCCUGGGGUUCUGUGGACAUACGGGGUGUGACGUUAUCGAACGGGAGAAGAAAACGAGGAGUAACACAAUUUCAUUUCAGGGCAUCAAUCGUGUAGUCGGGUGCGAAUAUGAAGAAGAGAUGGCAAUCAUGGAAAGGGAGUGUCUUUCCGCAGAGGCAGUCGAUCAACUAGUAAACCGGAGAAUGCUCUACGGAUCUUGCAACGACACGAGUCAUGCAGUCUCUUCACCGUGCGCUGCAUCUCAUAUUCGUUCUUGCACCUCUCCUGCACCGGACAGGAAUAUCAUGGAGUUCGGAGCCGCUUUAUCACCCACGCAGGCACCCGAGCAGGAGGUUUUCUCGCGUCCUUCGUUUUUCUUGGGAUCUGCCCUGUGCCGUUCCUCGGAGCUGCAGUUGUCCGACGCGUCUGAAGACAACAAAGACGAAGGAGAGAGAGAAGACAGAAGCGAUCGCAGACUGACGCCAGAUGUAGGAAAUGCGGGCGCUGUUUUCCAGGAGACUAGACAAGAUUGUCGAAAGAGAGUGUCUGACGAGGAAGGCGAGCCGUUCGAGUCUCUGUUGAAAACUGUCGAUGCUUCCUCUCAACAGUCAGGCCCGGCCACUGGGCUUUCAACUGCUGUAGAAGUCGUGACUUCAUACCCUGGCUUCACUCCUGUUUCGACAGAGUCUUCGCGAGGGGGGAGGAAGGAAAAGAGAACGAUCUCUGCUAUGGGAAUACCCCAGCUGGACUGGAUGUGUGGACACUUUGCUAUGGCAGUUGUUCAUGGUGGUUUCGUUCACAAGAUAACUGUCAACCUGAACCGCUCACGGCACUUUUCCCCAAGGCCCAACCGUGUCACCCCGUUUCUCUUUCCCGUGAACGGACUCGAAUUUCACUCGUCACAUCUCGCGUCGUGUUCUCUAUCCCUUCGCCGGAGAAGGGGUGAGAUUCAGGUAAACGCGGGAGAGGAGCAAAAGGAGCGCUGUUCCUUUUCCACCUUUGUGUACCCUCCUCCUGUCAAUCUCUCUGUUCGACGUACUGUCGAAUUACAUGUAGGGAGGCGAGACGGUCUCAAAACUGCGCGUUGGUCAAGUCGCCCAGUUGGGCAAAGUGGAGAGGCAGAAGAGGAGAAACUUCAGAGAGGAUUAUUGCAGAAAAAAAGCCAGAAACACGGGGACGAGCAUGAGGCGGAACCGGAAAAACAACGCGAAAAAGGAAAGAGGUCGAUCACUGUUACCGACAGUCACAGGCACUCGGAUUCUUCCGAGAAUACGAGGGACAUGUACAAGAGAAGAGACGAAAAGAGAGAACAAGCCGAAAAAGAUGAGGUGUACUGGCACUGGAGAAGAAGGCAACUGCUCUAUGAAGAAUGCACUGCCCUCACUGCCCCGAUGGCUGUUUACUGGCAGCUGCGGGAAGACUUCUGCUUUUCUCCGCGACUGACUAAGGGAGGACAGGGGAUCAUCCCAGGGUGCCUCCGCACUCCAUUUCCAAGUGCAGGGGAUCGGAGAGAAGAAGAGGCACGCGAAGCUGGAGACUUCCACGUGUUCCUAGUUGAUGGCACAUGCCGCGGCAGGCGGACGAGAAAAGGGCAUGUUCAAGGCCGAGACAGCUGUAAAGACAUCACCUUGCCUGCCAAGGCGAUUGGACCGACUUCUCGGCUUGGUCUGUUGUCGCGACAAGUUGGUGUUUCUCCACGCCUGAACACAGGCAUUUGCCGAGAGACCGGAAACCCUGCAACUGUGGUCUCAGUUACCGAAGAGCUGCACAGUGGGACAUCUCCUUUGGAUAGGCAUGAAGACCAGAGCCCAGUGCCACACAGAAGAAAGGGCAGUGAAGAUACCGAAAUCGUCAACACUGGAGAGGAGGCGCGAAGACAAAAACGACGAAGUGUUGUCGGUACGGACAAGACGCCCAGCACAUGUGCCUCGUGUAGUUGGUCACUGGAGGAAUCGGAUGAACCUGCAGAUAAGUUUUCUUUUUUCCAGUCUGGUUCUACUUUCUGUUAUUCUCCGGUCUGGAGCUGCAUGACAAAUGCAAGAGACACACCUGUUUCUGUUGUUCCUUAUGAAGAUGAUAAACAAAUAAGAAGGCCAACAUUUGUCCCUGGUCCGGGAUCCACAAGAAGAGUUCGUCCUCGGCAAACUAGCACCGAUAGAGAGUCCAGGAUCAAUCUCAAAGAUGUCGUGGACCACUCAGACGGAAGCAUGGAAGCGAAGUUGGACAGCAGAGGUAAACGCGGUGGUUUUCUCAGGUUCUCUAAAAGCUCCCCAUCCCCUCAGCGUCUGUCACCAAGUGUUCUGCGAAUACUCUUGAAACAUGGCAGAGUAAGGGUUGCGGGUUCUUGUUGGGCUCCUGCUUUCUCCAGACAAUACGCGAACAGAGAGAGGCGAGGAAAGACAAUCUUCGAAACUUCGCUGAAAUUUGAGGGAUCAGAGAAUGGAAGAGAAAUGAGAACGAGAAAGAAAGUGAAGCACCAACUGUUUUUGGAACUCUACGCAGUUGUCGCGCUUCUUGAGAUUCCUGUAGAAGGUGCAAAUUCAAUGAGAAUAGAGGCGACCCCCAAGAACGUCGCCAGAUGUGGGGAAACUGCAUUCCACUGGAACAACGCUCCUAUUAUCCAUCCGCUCGGCGUGUCAACAAAUGAAACCAAACGGGUAAACACUGGACAAGAAAACAGAGAAUCUUGCACAUCUCUCUCUCUCCAUCCUCUCUAUCUCCAAUCUUCGAAGGGGCAAGUUAGUAGUUCACCGUCGUUUCGUAAGAAAAUGCGACACCAGAAUCCAGUAGGUCUAGACGGCGACACAAUGAAAAAGUUACCGAGGGGGCGAGGAGACAGAAAGGAAGACGUGGCGAUGGAGAAUGAGAUGGAGGGGAAGAAGAGACAGAGCGAGCGGGCUUCCUCUCCCAUUCAAAGAGAAAAGAAGGAGCUUCAGUCAUUUUAUUGGUUUUCCUGUUCCAUGGGUCCAGCAGGCGUGGCUCCGUAUGCACCGUUUCAAAGGUCGUCUGUGCUUCUCCCUUUCUCAGCCAGUCGUGUAUGGGAGAUCCUUGUCAGUGCGGCGGCGCCCUCCCCUUCUACCGUUGUUGUACUGCAGGAGGUUACGUACAGGGGAAGAGACUGACAUUGACGUGUGAACAGCUCGUCACCGUUUCACUGUGUGUGUGUGUGCGGGUCAGCACUUCCUUGUCUGUUCAUCUUCUUCCGUUAUAGCCGUCUGCUUCAGUGACCCACUCGUCGUCGCUCCCCUGGGCUCAUAUUGCCGCAUUUCGUAUGUCUCUGUGAGUUUUCCUACAUCACCGAGGGUACAUUUUCUUUCUUCCUAUACCCUUUUAUUUCCUAUUUCCUUUCUUAUCCCGCACUUGGGAGUGUACAUGCAUCUAUAUCAUUCGCUCCCACCUGGUACUCGUGUCUUUUUCGACUGUCGUGGAAAUGUGAGGUCUUCACCUAGGCAAACCCUGAGACAUGCUGUGGCUUUUUGAGCAACUUCCCCGCAACGGUUUCCGAGCUGCUAGUGAUAAAUCUUACCGUCUCGUUCCCCUUCCUGACGGCCGGGCGCACUGUACUGCUCAGUCGCGUUUUAUUCCGAACUCCCGCUUUCUUCGACAGAGUAGCAGUGUGCGCAUACGAAAGGGAAGUAGUCGAAGCCGAUAGAGGAUGUCGCUGUCGAAGGCCAAAUUCGGCAGACCCAGGAUAUAAAACCUAGUUUCAUACACCAUUGUUUGUACCUUAUCGUUCCUCUAUGCUGUGAUAAUAAUAUGGUGUAUAUAUAUACACACACUUACUAUUGCGUCGCUUGCCGUAAGGGUUCGAUGGCUUGACUUACUCAGAAUGGCGCUUAAAGAACAAUCGGAGUCUCCAUUCCUCGUGUGCGAAAACAUGUAGAGUAACUCACAUUAUGACACUGAUGAGCUGCGUGCGUGCACAGAUCAAAACUGCGUCCGCUCCUUUGUAGGUGACGGUGGAUUUGGAACAACACGCCUAGUUUUCAGUAUGUAUGUGUUUUGACCGGAAAUGUGAAGUCUGGGCAUACGCGCAUGGGGACCAACCAUAAUCUCUUUCAGGUCAUGACGUGCAUCGAGUCUCCUCCCGCAAAGAACCGGGAGGCUUCUCUUGUUGACAAUGAAGAAACCGCGGCAGAUGCAACAAGAUCUGAAAAAGUGGAGAACACCUGUUUUUUCCCUCACAGGACCUCCCCCAAGCAACAUACCUUCCUACAUAUCUGUAGCGAAGGAUAUCUGUCUGCGUACAUAUCCUCAGACGUAUUGUCGUUUUUUUGACGAGUUCUGGGAAAACCGACCUCCAAGCCCCCAAUAUGCUUUGGUACAGACAGGUUUCCGUAUCCCUCGUAUAAAAUGGAAUGCCCACAGGCACUAGCCGAGUUUAAGUGACACCACUGUCUUGGGGUGGCGUGAGUUUGUACGCUGGGUAUUAGCUUUCAGGGGCAUGCCGCGGCACGCUAGGGCGGAAAAGCUGGAACCGGUUCGGGUGCCCCUCUUAGUUGUUCACGCCGAGGGCCCCGGUCAAUCAUCACAAAGCUUCGCCGGACAAUCCCGACGCGUCACUGGAUGCCAUCAAAAGCACUUCUCUUCGUAACACGGUCGUGGUGUCUGCGAAAGCAGUCUUCUCUCACGUGGAAAACCACCACCAUCGAAUGACCACAACAUCCCGUUGCAUUCAAACAACUGUGCGUGGCUCCCCCACUGCAGAGGAGUUCCAGUACACAAGUGUAUAUGAGAGGAACUGGCAGGCACGACCACCCUAACCAUCUCCAUAGUCCACGAAGACCAUCCACGACCGUCUUCUGAAGCCGCUCUUGCAAAUUCACUGCCCGCAAGGUGACAGCGAGACACACUGGUGAUGCUCAAAGAGGCCAAAGCUGUCUCAAUGACCACAGCAGCGGUCGUAGGCCGGUUUUUGAGAUAAUAACGACUUCCUCCGCACCCUCUGGGUUGAGAAACAGUCUGCCAUCUGAGGGGAACGCGGACUACGAUCCUGCCUGGCUGUCCAGUAAACGCGACGUUAAUUCAACCCCCUCCUGCUCCAGCCAUGAACCCCCCCGACUGCCCUCAGCUUCCCCCUCUGAGACAGUGUUCUCUCCUUCAGUGGAAUCAUGAGAAUACUUGUCCACGAUGUCUCCCGCCGGACUGACACUCAAAGCGGCUUCCGAGCUCUUCCACUGGUGAGGCCGCUGUAUGCCAGCGCCUUGCUGGACGAGGCAAAGCCCCAGAACAAGGAAUGCCGCAGCUAGCCAGACAAGACACGACGGCUGUCCGAAAGAGGUAGGGUGCCCCAUGUUGGGAGGACUCACAAACAAAUCAACCGUUCAGAGGUGGCAGCUGCAUCCGCAAUUAUCGUAACAACAUUCUGAAGUACACAUCUGAAGUGCCUUCAAAAGAAACAACAC